AUGGUAGCGCCCCCUGUCAUUGAGUUUGAGUUAUCCACAAACGGCAACAAAGAUUUGAUAGUUGAAAAUAAAGGGGUUGAAAACAUUUCUCCUUGCGCGGCUGGUUUGGUGUUUUUUGCUGAUGUCAACAAUACUGCUGAUGAGGAUUUCAAUAUAGAGAUGACUCCGGACCAGUGCUGUUUGGAUACGGAGUCGGAAGAAGACUGUGAAGUGGUGGAAAUGAUCGGAGACUGUGUGGAGACUGUCCCUGGAGGUACAACCAAAACAUUGAAGUUAGUAGCACCGUUAAUUGACCUAUUCGAAAGAAAAGGACAUUGUAUCGUCUAUCUCGAUUCCAAGCCUAAGAACAGGCAGAGAGGGACUAUGCGUGAUACAGUCAAAAUAUCUUUUGAUACACGACUGAAGAACAUAAAGCAGGCAAUGGAGGUACCGGAUAAUGUGACGCUUUGUAAGCGAAUAGACGAAGACCCACUCAACGAUUGCAAACCAGUCGAUUGCGAAUCUUAUUACAAUGGAAAACGACCGUAUUUUGAUAACAAAACGAAGAGGUGUACAGACGUUCCAAGCUGUGUAUCUGAUUCCAAAGAUGAAGUGCCAAACGUCAUUUUAGAUUUGAAGAAGAAUAAAUGCAUUUAUGGAAAAGCUGUUUCAAGUAAAGAUCUUGAAUUAAUAAAAGAACUAACCAGCCAUAAAGAAAGAAAACCUAAAGAUAUUCUUAUUAUCAAAAACACUAAAAGUCAAAAUCCAGCUGUUCCUAUGAAUUAUACGUUUAAACAGUUGUACAAAUCUCAAGAUGCUCUCUCGAAGAUUUCUCAACUGGCAAACGAAGAUUUUGAGUUGAGGUAUGACCCAUCUAAACUUGAAGCUAUUAAGAAAAAGGGUCUGAAGUUUUUAAUGACCAAAUACUUCAUCACGAAUAGACUGACACUUAUAGCGUUCGGUGUAGUCAUUUCAAUACAAUGUUUCUUGAUUUGCAUGAUGAUUUACUGCUUAUCAAAGAAAUGUGGUGGCUGCCACAAGAAGAAGGUCAUUAGGAAGUUCUUCAACUACCGCCAAGAUGCAUCAGUAACUACUCCAUUGAUUUGCACCAGUAACAUCGAUACAGAAACUACAGAGUUCCAAUAUUUCAGCGAAUCCUCGAAUAUAGACAAAAAAAUCAAAUGCUACAAAGCAUGUCAGAAAGAGAGGAAAAACAACGUUAAGAUGAGCAUGUCUGAUGACAUUCUAUCGAAAUGCCUGACCAGGCGAGACUGGAGUAGUAAGCCAGCGAAGUCUGAAGCUAUUCCAGAAAUAACUACUGAAGACGAAAAGCUAAACAGACAUGAUACAAUAGAAUCUAUUCGGGAACCAUCUUACCAAAACUCUAGCAGUCAAUCAAGGAAGCAGAGCAGUGCGAAAGUCAAUUUCGAAAAUGAAAAACCUCACAAACCUAAACCAGAAAAGAGGCAUAUAGUUAAAAGUAUAGUUAGGAAGAUAGAUAGUAGACUCAGAGAGAGAAGGGAAGGGAAAGACUACGACGAAAUGCAGGGAGAAACGUCGGAGAAGGAAAUAAAAUGUCACAGCUACAACUACAACAUGGACGCCAAUUCAAAUUUGACAGGCUUCAAACCAAGUACGCACAGUAAAAAACUAGGAAUCUUCAGAUCGGACAAAAGCAAAAAAGGUACAGUUCCGUCUAUAGAAAGAGGUGCUCAGGCGGCUUUUUCGAACGACUCAAUCGACGAUUUUUUGUCGGAACGCGGUCUUAUAUUUCUGGCUGGUGAAGAUCUGUCCAAAUAUUCGUUUUCCAGCCAAUCGAUUGAGGGCAAAGCUGCAUCAGUAUCUUCGGAGGUUUCGAGUAAGACGUCUAAGAAUAAUGUCGUGAAGAAUGUCCUUUCGUUGCUGCAUAGAAAAUCAAAGCACGGGCCGUCUUCAGACCCUGGUGUCAAGAAGUCCAGUACCAAUUUAGACGUGGAGCUGAUCCAUAUGUCACACGCGUCUGUGUAUUCUUCUAAUAACGAAUCCGAUUAUCUGAAAAGUAUGAAGAUUACUAAAGACUCUAGAAGUUCGCUGUAG